AUGAAGGUUGUAUUUGUAUCAUUUUUCCUUUUUCUGGCUGUGUCAGUCUUGACAACUGAUGGCAAAGAGUCAUCAAAAGGCUUAACCUGUGAGCAGGAAGUAGCCUUAGUGCAGCCAUGCGUGGAUUAUCUAACAAAGAAAACUGAGGCCCCUUCAACUUCUUGCUGCGAUGGGUUGAAAAAAAUCAUAUCUUCAUCACCUACAAAGAAAGAAAAACAAGCUGCAUGUAAGUGCCUUAAGAAAGCAGCCUCUGAAAUUCCUAACCUAUGCAAACAAAGAGCCAACAAUCUUUGCAAAGAGUGCAAAAUCAAGGUCGAUAAUUUCAUACCCAAUGAUUUGGAUUGCGAAAAGAUUGUUUAA